AUGGAUAAAAAUGGACCGAUGAGUGGUCGAUGUGGUCCUCAAACUGACCAAAUGGAAAAAUUUCUGUUUCAAACAUUUGGCUUCAAAAAUAUUCCAGGCAAAGAUAUUGUUCAAGGUGUACGAUCAUUUAAAUUGGACAAACCUCCACAUUCUUUGAAUUCAAAAACAGAGAUUCGAUUUCCCUCGAAUACUGCCAAUUCAUUCAUCAUGUCUGCACAAGAAAUCAUCGAAUGGCAACGUUCAUAUAAAGUUUAUGCUGAUAAAGGUAUUAAAGGUAUGAAUAAAGAGUUUCUUACACGUGCUCUACAAGGGAAAAGUGAAAAUGGUGAAGAAGCUUUUCGUAUGAAAUUUGUUGUACGUAUCUCAACAUGUCCAAUCUUGAUGGAAUUCGACGCUAAAAUCAUACCUCGUAACUUAGAUGAAGAAUGGCCUAACCGAAUUAAACUUGUUUCAGUGACAGGUAUUGAUUUUGCUGGUCGAAAACAUGAUGUAGGUGACAUUCUUUAUUAUUUAUCAAAUUGGAGAGAAGUUUUUCAAAUCGAUCCACAAUUAGGUUUGCCAUUAGUUUAUAACGGAAGAGAUUUUUAUGCAAAACCCGAUGGGCCACAAGGCAAACUUCAUAAAGAUCGUGUUCGAGACAGUUUGAUGCGUAUGGUUAAACUACGAUUACGCGCAUGCGAUGCCGAAGGUGUUCAGAUUGUUGUUGAAACAGGUAUUGGACUUGGUGUAUUUGCUGGUAACCAUAUUGGAAUCGAUGCAAAAGUACGAGCAUUAUCAGCAGAGACAAUUCGAACAGUACUUCAAGAUGAUGUAUCAUCAUACAAAAACAUUUGUGCUGUCAUAUUAGCUUUACCUAGAUUCAAUAAAAGUAGAUCGAAUCAUUGUGUUACCGAUACUUUCGAUGAUUUUGUGAAUGAAUUUAGCAAAUCAAAAUACAAUGGUCCUAUACCUGUAAUGAUUGUAGAUCAAGAUAUGCAUCGAUUGACAGUAGCUAUUGCUCGUCGUGGUUUUAUUGUUUCUGAAUUAAAUCCUGCUGAUUCACAUGGUGUUUUCGGUGAAUAUUGGCAAAAUCGAGGACCGGCUGUAGAAGAAAAAUUAGCUUUGACAACAGUUGGCCUACUCGUACAACAUCACCUUAUCAAUAAAGAAGUUCUUAAUGAAAAUAACUAUCGUUUCUUGAAAACAAAUGAAGGAUCCAUCUUGGAUUGGCGGACCACUGUAUAUAAUAAUAAUAAUAAUCAGAACAAUGAGAGAGUGCCCAACGAUUGCUGUUCACUACAAUAA